CCCCCCCAAGCCCCCUUCACUCCCCAUCUGCACACACAGAGAGGAGGAGAAGGUGAGGACUGGGAGACGGGGUGGUAGGGAGAGGAGGUCAGCCGUGAACUUGAGCUGGCUCGGUUGGGUAUUAGCGCCACCCGAGCUUGCAGCCUGUGUGAGUGUGAGGGGGAGACCGAGAGCAAGGGAGGGAGAGAGAGGCAGGCUGCGAGAGGAGAGAGGAGAGGGGGAGCAAGCGCUCCGCCAGCAUGAGGACGGGCUUCUCUUUUCUGUGCUCAGUUAAUCUGGCUGUCAGUUGGUGUUAACGCUGCCGUUGAAGUGCUCCGAUUCCAAGGGAAACAGACAAACCUCCCAGAAGGAAAGAAGGAAGCAGCAAGGAAGGCAGGAACUGCAGGAGGAAAAGAACAGGCAGAACAGAGAGGAAUCAAGGGAAGGGGGGGAAAUACCAAAUCUAUGACUGGACCUGGGCUUCUUUUUCGCCAAUGCAAAAAGGAAUAUGCAGCACAUUUUUGCCUUCUUCUGCACCGGUUUCCUAGGCGCGGUAGUAGGUGCCAAUUUCCCCAACAAUAUCCAGAUCGGGGGAUUAUUUCCAAACCAGCAGUCACAGGAACAUGCUGCUUUUAGAUUUGCUUUGUCACAACUCACAGAGCCCCCAAAGCUGCUCCCCCAGAUUGAUAUUGUGAACAUCAGCGACAGCUUUGAGAUGACCUAUAGAUAUUGACUAUGGAUCACCUGUCCUAGGCUGAUAAGGCUGGACUCCAGGAGGGUUAAGACCUGCCCUGUGUGUCGUUGCUUUGGGAGUGAGGGUGAAGGGGCAGCAGCUACAAAAAACGCCUGCU